CCUGAUAUGUGACUGGCACUCUUAUACUGCUGUCGCCUAUUUUUCUGCUGCCAGUGGUGGAGGGAAGGAAAUUGUUGUCUAAGACAAACGACUAUACAGUCAAACUUCAAGACAAAGGAAGAUCUAAGGGAUAUAAGGACUACUUCACGCGUAGAUAGGAUACUACAACUGUUACCUCAAUACACUUCAGUUAGUCACACUUACAACAGAAAUGGUCCGCGGAGAUGCUGCUGAGGUUUCGCUCCUCAAUCUUCCCUGGAGGACAUGGGGCCGAUAUCGCGCACGGCAUGAAAGAUAUGCAUACAUGAAAUCGAGUCGGGAAAUGAUCUACUAUCAGCUGCUCAGCUCUUGGUUCUCUUACUUCAUUUGGUCUCUUCUGGCAUUCCCUGGGUUUGCUACACGAGCAAAGGCUUUCACCCCUUCUGACUUUCCGAUAUGGCGUCAUCUCCUUGGGUGCCUUCCUAUACGACGUCAGCGCGACUGCGAGUUCGGUAUGCACUCUAUUGGUAAGGCGAAAGUGUUGGAAACUUGCAAGUUGAAAUUCCGCGUUUUCCGUUGUGGCACAUGGUUCCCCAUGGAUACCCUAGCGAAGCCAGAGUGUGUUCUACUCAAUCGCUGCAUGAGUGCUGUGGAUGGUCUGUCAUGCUCUGGACCGCCCAGUAUACUCCAAAUUGUCAAGUGGGCUGCCUAUGACGAUGAACUUGCAUACCGGGCAAUUAACAUGCUCCAUCAAGGAAGGCCUCGUUGGAAAAUCCAAGGUUGACGUAUUUGCAGUGCCACGCCACAACUCUGUAGCCCAUGCUACGCUCUUACGUCGCCUCAAGCCGGCUCUUGAUGGUGUUAACCUAUCCAACUGUUCAGCACAACUUGAUCCCUUCUCCGUCCGAUUCUCUGCAGCGUGGGGGCAAGUUUCGCGAACAAUAAGAACUUGCCUCGGCAGGCUGGAGGUCCUAGAGAUGGUGUCAGUCAAGACUGAGGGGACAAAACUAGAUCGAGAUGAAAUUUCAUCAACCUGUUCGGAAAGACUUGGUAUUUUUGGUCUCGGAGAUGA